AUGACGCCGCCCAGUUCCUAUGAUGACACGUCUUGUAGCGGAGCCACGCUGGGCUCUCAGGAUUCAGAGCCCCAGGAUGUCUCAGACUCAGAACUUGACUCUGAUUAUGUCCCUUCGGAAAUGAGCGAAGAUCGAGCAUUCCUAGCUUCCGAUGCAGAAGAGCUCUCUUACGUCUCAGAUAACAGUUCCAAUAUGGAGGAUGCUGUAAUGAUCAUUAUACACGACUACUCGAGCCGUGGGGAUUGA